AAAUUGGAAAAAAUUUGAAAUAUGAAGGACUAAAAUGAGAAUAUAGCCAAAUAUAUCGGGAACAAAGUGUAAUUUACCCUUUCAUUUUCAUGCAUGUAAAUAUAGGUUCUUGCAGGGAGAGAGAGAGAAAGGAGCUGAUCAAUGGCAGGUGGAGCAUUUGGUGAUGGAGGAAAUGAAAAAAGGGCACAUCUUUAUGAGUACAGAAUUACUGGUUAUUUCAUAUUUGCUUGUGUUGUUGCAGCUCUAGGAGGGUCACUGUUUGGAUAUGAUCUUGGUGUUUCUGGUGGAGUGACUUCGAUGGACGAUUUCUUGAAGGAAUUCUUCCCAAAAGUGUACAGAAGGAAACAAGCACAUCUCAAAGAGACCGAUUACUGUAAAUAUGACAACCAAAUCCUCACGCUUUUCACUUCCUCUCUGUACUUUGCAGCCCUUGUCUCGACCUUCGCGGCUUCAACCCUAACCAGAAAGAAAGGCAGGCGAGCGAGCAUCCUCGUCGGAUCAGUUAGUUUCUUUUUAGGAGGAGUUGUCAAUGCCGCCGCACAGAACAUUGCAAUGCUGAUCAUCGGUAGAAUAUUUCUAGGUUUUGGCAUUGGAUUCGGCAAUCAAGCAGUUCCUCUGUAUCUUUCAGAAAUGGCACCAGCAAAAGUCCGAGGAGCGGUUAACCAACUGUUUCAACUAACAACCUGCAUAGGGAUUGUUGUCGCAAACUUCAUUAAUUACGGAACCGAAAAGAUCCAUCCUUGGGGGUGGAGAUUAUCACUGGGUUUAGCCACACUCCCGGCAACUUUCAUGUUUGUUGGAGGACUUUUCCUCCCGGAAACCCCCAAUAGUCUUGUAGAACAAGGCAGAUUAGAAGAAGGUAGAAAAGUACUAGAGAAAGUAAGAGGUACCAAGAAUGUUGAUGCAGAAUUUGCCGAUCUUGUAGAUGCAAGCGAAGCAGCACGGGCCAUAAAAAACCCGUUCAGGAACCUCCUCAAGCGAAAGAAUCGCCCACAGUUGGUGAUUGGUGCUUUGGGGAUUCCUGCUUUCCAACAACUCACUGGCAAUAACUCUAUUCUCUUCUAUGCUGUAAGAGGAUUAGGGAGUUUGAGCGCGAGGUGUCACGCGCGCGUGGAGACGAACGCUACCUCACUAGUUGUGGCUGCUUUGAUAUCAAUGGCAUUUGUCGACAAGUUUGGGAGAAGAGCUUUCUUUUUGGAAGCUGGUGCUGAAAUGAUAAUCUGCAUGGUGGUGGUGGCCAUUACGUUGGCUCUGAAAUUCGGACAAGGAGCUCCAAUUCCAAAAGGAAUCGGCAUCUUCCUAGUCAUUGUAAUUUGCAUAUUCGUCUUGGGUUUCGGAAGGUCAUGGGGUCCACUGGGAUGGUUAGUUCCAAGUGAGCUUUUUCCCUUGGAGACGAGAUCAGCUGGCCAAAGUCUGGUGGUCUGUGUCAAUAUGAUCUUCACAGCUCUCAUCGCGCAGUGUUUCCUCGUGUCUCUCUGCCACCUCAAAUAUGGUAUCUUCUUGCUGUUUGCGGGCUUAAUCCUCAUCAUGAGCAGCUUCAUCUUUUUCCUCUUGCCAGAAACAAAGCAAGUUCCAAUUGAGGAGAUACAUUUUUUGUUUCAAAACCACUGGUUUUGGAAGAGAUAUGUUGGUACUGAUGCUGAUGAGAAUCCCGGGCAUGCAUGAAUUCCCAAAAACAUUGUAAUAAAUCGAUGAUUCAUCAACAAUUGUGUUAUGAAAUAACUUCUAGUUCGGUCAAUAUUCAGAAAAAUACAGUGUUUCCUUUAAGCAAAA